AUGGGUAUGGGGUUAAGCCGACGUUGCGUGCUUCGAACGCCACAGAAAUGCGAUUUCGGCUACGAGGCCCUGUCCACUUGGACGUCGACACACCGUUUCAGCGCGUCCCCUGUAUUCGCCCUGAUCCUAAUUCAACAGCACGUGACUCGUGACAUGGGAGAUGCCAAGACGGAGUGGUUUCUCGCUUGCUUAAAGAUCAGGCUCGUUGUCUGGGCUAAUUGCUGGAUCCUCCAUCAUGUCACAUCUCGUGCACACGACCCACGUGUCGACGACAACGACGGUAGCCUGCGAAUUGAGCCAACUUUCACGACCACUCACGGACACAAAGACCACUGCACCACCAACACACGGAGUUGUACCUGCUCUGGUUCUGCGGGCUCUUCACUGGAGAGUAUUCGAUUACCACGAGAAACGAUUUUGAAAUUCGAUCACAUGCGCCACGUCGCAUUACCUGAAGGUGCCGAAUUCGAGUCAGAACCUGAGACACGAGGCGUGGAGAGGCACAAUGGAAUGGUUCAACAUCCCAACCACAACACUGGUUGCCCAGGACUCCUGAAUUAUGUUUUCUUCUGA